AGAACAUAACAAGUCAUUCUAAUACCUUUAAUCUCUCUAAAGAGUAACUAAAGUUGUUCAAUGUAACCUUUUCAAUGGAAAAUUAACAACUAAAUCUUCUUUAAUGUCAUUGUUUUCUAGAUCUGAAUCAAAAGCCUUUCAGGUAUUUUUGUAAUAGAAUGGAUUCUGAUUAUGUUAUUCAGAUUCAGUAUUUUCUUCAAAACAAUGAGGAUUUAGGAUUUUUGUCAGUAAUUUAAUAGAUUUUUAUCUUCUUAAAAUGAUAGAACUAAGAAAUAUCAAGAUUUAAAUCAUAAAUAUUUGGACUAUUCAGAAGAGCAACAUGGGAGAAACUGAGAAAACUGAAAUCCAUAGAAUAAGAUGUCUUUCCAAGUUGAAGGAAAUCUUUUUUUGAUUAUAUUCGUGAGUUAUUUUGGAUCCAAAUUGCAUAGACCUAUAAUGAUUGGUGUCGGCUGUGUGGUUAUGGGCCUAGGAUGUUUUUUACAAUCUCUACCUCAUUUCCUCAUGGACCAGUCACCAAGAGAUAGGCCAGAUUUUUAUUUUAAGUAUGUGAAGGAAGUUAAGUCAUUAAUGUGGUUGUAUGUACUAGUAGGAAAUAUGAUACGUGGAAUUGGUGAAACUCCAAUCAUGCCUUUGGGUAUUUCCUACAUAGAAGAUUUUGCCAAAUCUGAAAACUCUCCUUUAUAUAUUGGGUUUAUAGAAACAGGAGCUAUCAUUGGCCCUUUGUUUGGACUUUUAUUAUCGUCAUUCUGUGCAAAUAUUUAUGUUGACACUGGAUCUGUAAACACAGCUGAUCUGACCAUAACUCCCACUGAUACUCGUUGGGUUGGGGCAUGGUGGCUUGGCCUUUUGAUCUGUGCAGCAGUGAAUGUGCUCACUGCCAUACCUUUUUUCUUCUUGCCCAAAACACUUGCAACGGAAGAACUAAAGGACAAUGCUGAUGUCAUUAAAAAUGACAAAGAAGAGAAACAAAGAGAAGAGGUCAAGAAGAAAAAUGAUGGAAUCAUUAAAGAUUUUUUACCAUUCAUGAAGAGUCUUUUUUGCAACCCAAUUUACACACUUUUCAUACUAGUAAGUGUGAUACAAUUUAAUGCAUUUGUUAGUAUGUUAUUCUACAUGCCUAAAUAUCUGGAACAGCAAUAUGGAAAAUCAACGUCAGAAGCAGUCUUUCUAAUUGGUAUUUAUAACUUACCUCCAAUAUGCAUUGGAUAUAUAGUUGGUGGUUUAAUUAUGAAGAAGUUCAAGAUUACUGUCAAACAAGCUGCCUACAUAGGAUUUUGUUUAUCUCUAAUUGAUUUUCUUCUCUAUUUGUGGAGUUUUUUCAUGAUGUGUGAUAAUUCUUCAGUUGCAGGCAUAACCACCUCUUAUGAAGGGGCGAUAGGCUGGGCUCUGCUGCUGGGCAGUGCUAUAGGUUUGGCUCCACAGUUUGGCAGUAUGGUGUUCCAAAAUUGUAGCUGUAUUCAAACGUCAGGAAAUUCAUCUGCAGUUCUUGGGCUGUGUGGCAGAGGACGUGACUGUUCCAUGAUGCUCCAGUACUUUUUAAUCUUGUCGACGAUCUGCAGUUUCAUUUAUUCUUUAUCUGCCAUACCUGGAUUUAUGGUUCUCCUGAGGUGUAUCAAACCUGAAGAGAAGUCCCUUGGUGUGGGAUUACAUGCAUUUUCCACAAGAGUAUUUGCUGGAAUUCCUGCACCUAUAUAUUUUGGUGCUUUAAUAGACUCUACAUGUUUACAUUGGGCAACUUUGAAAUCUGGUGAGUCAGGGGCAUGCAGGAUAUAUGAUUCCACCAACUUCAGAUACAUCUACCUCNAAAAAAAAAAAAGAUAG